AUGGAAGGCCAAACACCACACGCAGUCUGCAUUCCUAGCCCAGCUCAAGGCCACAUAUGCGCCAUGCUCAAACUAUCUAAGCUUCUUCAUCACAAAGGCUUUCACAUUACCUAUGUUCUCACUCAACUCAACCACACCCACAUCAUGCAAGCCAGAGACUUCCUCCCUCUCAAUCAAACCCCCACAUUCCGCUUCGAAACCAUCGCCGACGGAAUUCCGGCACGGGAAAACCGCCACAGCGCCAUAGAUUUCACCGAGCUCUGCUUUUCCACGGCCAAGAAUUGCUAUGCUCCGUUCAAGGAGCUCGUUAAUAGGCUUAACGAAGCACCGGAUGUCCCUCCAGUUUCUUGUAUAGUUUCCGACGCUUGUAUGUCUUUCACUGUUAGAGCCGCCGAGGAGCUUGGUAUUCCGAUAGCAUUGUUUUGGCCCGUUAGUGGUGUCGUUACUAUGUUGCACCUUCAUUCUCCUCACCUCCGUGACAAGGUUUCAAGAAACAAAGGUGUGAAAAAGUCUGGGGUCGAGUUGGAGGAAGUGGCCCACCAGAAUCUCGAACCAGUCCGAUGCACAGGCCUAGUCGAGACUGACUAUAUUAUUGAUUGGAUCCCGGGGAUCAAAAGUAUUGCCUUGGGUGAUAUCCCAAGUACAGCAUGGUCCCCGGAUCCAAAAGACCCUUUAAUUGACUACAUAAUUUCUGAAAUUUCAAGAAGCUACAAAGCUUCCGCCAUCAUCUUUCACACAUUUGAUGAGCUAGAACCCGAGGUGUGCAACGCAUUGUGUUCCAUGUUCAAUCGAGCCUACACUAUCGGACCCAUUCCAUUGCUUCUCAAGGGGUUUCCCGAAAGUGAAAUCAACAAAAUUGAAUGUCACAUGUGGAGAGAAGAUCCCAAUUGUAUACAAUGGCUGGAUUCUAAACCUCCAAAAUCAGUAGUUUAUGUCAAUUUUGGUAGCAUGGCAAUUACCAGCCCUGAAAAAAUGAUAGAACUCGCAAUGGGACUGUGUAAAAGUAUGCAAAAUUUCUUGUGGAUCAUCCGCUCUGAACUCCUAUCCAGCGAUUGGUUUGCAACUCUCCCACCCGAAUUUAUGACUGCCCUCAAGACCCGAGGGUAUGUAGCCGGUUGGUGCGAUCAAGAACGGGUGCUGAAUCACCCGUCCAUCGGAGGGUUCUUAACUCACUGCGGAUGGAAUUCGAUUAUAGAAAGUAUGAGUGCAGGGGUGGCAAUGAUUUGUUGGUCCUGUUUCGCCGAUCAGCCGCUAAAUCGGUUGUGUUGUUGCUCUCAGUGGGGACUUGGAGUAGAGAUAGAUACUGAUGUUAACAGAGAGAACGUUGGGCGUGUGGUGAGAGAGCUAAUGGAAGGAGAUAAGGGUAGAGAGGUGAAGAAGAAGGCAACGUUUUGGAAAGAGAGAGCUGAAGUGGCCACUAGUGUUGGAGGCUCAUCGUUUUCCAAUUUGGAUAAGUUGAUAAGGGAAGUAUUAUUGUGUGAUGGGCAAUACUAUCCUAAGCCUGUUUAA